AAGAGGUAGGAAAGAUAUGAAUCCUCCCUAAUCUCAAGCUUCAGGAAGGUAAAUACGGCCAAAACCAAUUCCAGGUUGUUUUUUUCCAAGUCCAAGAACUCAGACCAGCCUUUGGCUGGCAGGUCAUACCCCGGGUGUGUGCAAGACUUUGCUAACAAGCAAUCCAAACAGUUACCAACAUCGAGUAGCUGAGAUGGCACUGCUGGAAAUCACUACUCUUGCUCUUGUGAUUUGUGUCACUUGUCUGGUUUUGCUUUUUGUGUGGAAGAAAAGUCACAAAGGGGGAAGGCUUCCCCCUGGCCCAACUCCCCUUCCCAUCAUUGGGAAUCUGAUGCAACUAAACCUCAAGGAUGUCCCUGCAUCUCUCUCCAAGCUGGCCAAAGAGUAUGGCCCCGUUUACACUCUGUACCUUGGAUCCCAGAUCACUGUGGUCUUACAUGGAUAUGAGGCGGUGAAGGAAGCUCUAAUUGAUCAAGGUGAUGAAUUCCUUUACAGAGGACAUAUUCCAAUUAUUGACGAUACCCAGAAAGGAUAUGGAAUCUUUUUCAGUAAUGGAAACAGGUGGAAACAAAUGCGACGCUUCUCCCUCAUGACCCUGAGGAACUUUGGGAUGGGGAAGAGGGGCCUCGAGGAGAGGGUCCAGGAGGAGGCCCAGUUUCUGGUGGAGGAGCUCAGGAAAACAGAGGCUCAGCCCUCGGACCCUGUCUUCAUCCUCUCCUGUGCUUCCUGCAACGUGAUCUGCUCCGUCCUCUUCAAUGAGCGUUUCCACUACAACAAUAAGACGUUACUCUCCCUGUUGAGUGUGUUAAAUAAAAAUUUUAAUCGAAUAAGCUCUCCCUGGAACCAGAUUUACAAUCUAUGGCCAAAACUCAUAAAGCAUCUCCCUGGAGAGCACAAAGCAUUCUCAAAAAGGCUUAAUGAUGUUAAAUAUUUUAUUCUGGAAAAAGUGAAGGAGCAUCAGAAGUCCCUGGAUCAUAAUAACCCUCGAGACUACAUUGACUGUUUCCUCAGCAAGAUGGAGCAGGAGAAACAGAACCCAGAGUCUGAAUUUCACUUGGAGAACUUGACAACCUGUGGAUCAAAUCUGUUUUCAGCGGGAACAGAGACAACCAGUCUCACUCUGAGCUAUGGGUUCCUGCUCCUAAUGAAAUACCCUGAGGUUCAAGCCAAAGUUCAUGAAGAAAUUGACCGUGUAAUUGGAUGCAACCAAAGCCCCUGCAUGAAGGACAAGAUAAAGCUGCCCUAUACAGAGGCCGUGCUUCAUGAGAUACAAAGAUACAUCACCCUCCUUCCUUCUAACAUGCCCCGUACUGUGGCCCGGGAUACGAAAUUCAGACAGUACUUCAUCCCUAAGGGCGCUACUGUAUUGCCAUUACUGUCUUCGGUCCUGUACGAUUGCAAGGAAUUUCCCAACCCAGAGAAGUUUGACCCAGGUCACUUUUUGGAUAAAAAUGGCAGCGUCAGGAAAACAGAAUACUUCGUGCCUUUUUCCAUGGGGAAACGGGCAUGUGUUGGAGAGGGCCUGGCCCGCGUGGAGUUGUUCCUGUUUCUCACCACCAUUCUGCAAAACUUUGUCCUGAAGCCCCUGGGGGAGCCAAAGGACAUAGAGACCAAACCCAUUGUUACCGGGUUUAUCAACAUCCCACAACCCUACAAGCUGUGCUUUAUCCCUAGACAAAAGAACUUUUCUCUUUUAACAACUUAA